ACAGCCCGUGCCAUUGGGGGUAAACAAAGACGUUAACCCGCCGAAUUUUUAAUCAACAACAUCGGAAUCACAAAAGGAUGCCAGCUGCAACGGCGCCCGGCGGCCUGUCCUACCUAUUUCUGCUCGGGCAGUCCAUGUUUAGCGCGGACGCCUUGGUAAAUAACGUAAACUCGGGCAAGGUGGAUGUACUAGACGUGUUCCUCGUUCUUUUCGGGUUGUUUUUAUCGACAAUCUUACUCGCCACUUUCCUAUGGACGACGCUGAGGCGGCGAUGGCAGGGUGAAGCCAGGGCGGCUGGGCGGGUUACCGCCGGCAGGUCGGAGCAGGAGGCCGGGGUUCGCGGCCCUGUCCCGCCCCCGGACGGGAGACUGUACGAGCCCUGUGAGUGGGUCAACACGACACUAACCUGGCUUCGAACCCAGCAGCAUCAGACUCCUGAACUCGUGAAAUCGUGGCUGAAGGCUCUCAACGAACAAGCCCGAAGAAAUGGGAGCUCCUUGCAGCUGACCUUUGAUAAAAUCAAAGAAGGAAGCCUUCCCCCCAAGUUCACCACCAUUAACAGUACCAUUGCAGAUGAUGGCAGUUUGGUGAUUGGUUGUUACGUGGAGUGGCUGAGGCUGGGCCUGACUGUGUUUGCCACCCAGCAGACUCCACAAACCAUCAAACUGGCCAUCUGUGAUGUGGACGUCAAGCUUACUGGAGAGUGCCAGUUCAAGGCGUCAGUGCAGUCAGAAGAAGUACAUGUCACAGGCUCCUUCCCUAAAGAGCCCAAAAUUGACAUAAACGUGAAACAACCAGCUGGGAGCGAGGAAGAUGGCGUGGACACUGGGAUCGUGCAGGGACUUGUGCGUGACACGCUGGCGGGGGCCGUCCUGACCAUCAGCCUGUCCCUGCAGAGCAUGCUGAGGGAGGGGAGGGACCAGCCGGACAGGUUACCCACGUUUGUGGACGGUCCCAUCUCAGCACCCGGAGACAGAGGUGUUGCCAAGCCAAUAGUGACACGGAGAUUAUCCCCCUCAGGGGUCCCUCCCAAACCACCUCGGCUGCAGGACAGAAAACUGCUCGUCAAAGUUAUCAAAGCCAAUGGUCUGCCAGGACGUAAUGGCUUUGGCUCAUGUGACCCUUACUGCAUUAUUGAGAUGGACGCUCCUCUCCAGAAACACAAGACCAGCGUCAUCAAGAACACAAUCAACCCCUUCUGGGACGAACACUUCUUGUUUGAUCUUAGCACAAGAACAAAGGAGUUGAAGUUUUCUCUGUUUGAUAGAGAAAAGGGAUCUGACAAUAAUGAUUUACUCGGUGAAGCUAUCCUGCCGAUGGACACACUAACUCAGAACCUGAGCUCCCGACAGAUCAUCCCGCUACAGAGAGCUUUUUCCACUGAUGAUGGGGUCAAUGCUUCCAUCACUGCUGAGUUCUUGUUCAUGGAGCCCUCGGCAGCUCAGCAGGUUCUGAACUCCCUACACCCCCAGCCAUCCCCCAUCAGGCCUCACUACCCCACCACCCCCCAGAAGAAGGUGGAGACCUACCGCACGGUCACCCCAGGGGGGACAGUCAUCACCACACAGACCACCACGGUAGAGAGAGCAGCAAAUGAAAGAUCCAUGCCUGGGUCUGUUCAGGAAUCCCCUGUUCAACAGAAGAAGUAUGAGGAUGACAUGGAGGUUGUGGACCAGCCGGGACGGUUGUCUGUCCCCACACAGACACUCAGCGCAUCACAGGAGCUGUUGAUGAUUGAUGGGGUAGACUCUGUGGCGGAGACAGCCAUCAGACAACUGAGGGAGAUGUCCCAACAACGCAGCAAGACCCCAACAAAAACCAGCACACUUAUCAUUACAGGAGUCUCUAGGAAACCAGCCAGUAUGACUGACUUGUCUCCCACGGGACUGGCUGCGUUGGUUGGGCCCGGGUCGGAGGGGUAUAUCUCAGGGGAUAUCAGCGACAAGAGCAGCGACAAGCAGUCCCAGCCAGGUACCAGUGAGCACGACUCCCCUGCCCAGGACAGUGGCAAGACUCUACUGUCAGUCCCAUCUACAGAUGAGGCCCUGAUGCUGCAAGCGGGAGCCACUGCCUCCAGGCGGCGCUUCUUCCGGAAAAAAGAACGUCCGCACAGCUCUCACAGUGACCUGCUGGAGGCCCAGCAGUCCGAGGAGUCCACGUCGGUGGAGCUGGGACAGAAAAUAACACGAGAAACCAAGGCAAAGUCAAAAAGUACAUCCAAACUCUUUUCCAAGUUCUCAUUCCGGGCGCUGAGCAAAGCAUCCAAGAGUGCAAGUUAUGAGCAGCUAGUGACCAAGUCAGAGACAUCCAGCUUGCGGAGUUAUGGGGCUCGGGCCUCAACUUACAGCUAUGGCAGUGCCCGGUACAGCGGUAUCAGUGGUAACUUGGAGGAGAUGUCCAUUACUGUGUUGGAGACUAAGAAGAAAGGACAGCUCAGACACUAUUUGAUCCCGCCUGAGCUAGCCAGACGUAGAACCCUGAGGAGGAGAGGGAAGAAGCUCCAUGUCCAUAACGACCACUCAUUUGUAGCCAAGCACUUCAAAGGGGUCCCAAGGUGUGCAGUAUGUGACUUGGCCAUAGCUCGAAGAAUCGGUAAACAGGGUUACGAAUGCAGAGACUGCAAGCUGAUCUGCCACAAGGAAUGUCAUUUCAAGACCGAGCUGUACUGUCCCAACAGCCGAGUGGGGCAGAUGGAAAUAUUGACAUUUGCGUCAUACCAGGAACACUUUGUGAGGAGCAGACCAGGACACAGGUGGAGUUGGUGGGGCAGGAGUCGCAGUGGUCAGCGACUGUGGUGGAGAAUUAUGGCUUCUGGAAUUAAAGUUACAGAUGAAGUGGUGAAAGCGUAUGACGAGGUGAAGCUAAAGCACAUGUUCAAGUAUGUGACCUUCAGGGUGGCAGAUAACGAGACAGAGAUCAUCGUGGAGAGCAAACAGAAAGAGUCCACCUGGGAGGAGUUCCAGGCCAGUCUACCAGAUAAGGAGCCUCGAUGGAGUGUGUACGACUUUGACUACAAGAACCGUGAGGGACAGGAUCGGAAUAAGUUGAUCCUAGUCAAGUGGUGUCCAGAUGAUGUAGGGAUCAAGAAAAAGAUGAUGCACUCUUCAAGCUCAGAUUCCCUGGCCAAGAAGUGCAAGGGUGUCGCUGUUCAAGCAAACGACCGUUCUGACCUCAAUUACAAUGAAGUGAGGGACAAGAUCCUUGCAACAAGCCAGUAGUGCCCCAGAUCUAAACACCAAAUUGAAUGCACUCAUCAUUUCCUGGGGCUUGACUUUGUAUCUCUUGGCAUACUAUAAUUUUGUGCUAGUUAAUUUUCUUAUGGGUACAUACAGUUUGUACCACACAUAUUGAAUAUGAGCCAUUCCAAUUAACAUGCAAUUACAAAGUAACAGCAUUAAUUACCCUUAAACUCAUAAGAUGGGACCAACUUUGAUGCAUUAGUUUUGUCACUGUGGCAUAUUAUGCUCUGCUAAACUUGAGCAGCCUUCCAACUGCUACAGGGAAGAUGUUUCUUGGGGCUUCGUGUUGCAGGAUGCAGUUUUGCUUCCAAAUGAUUCCAAUUUUAUAUGUUCAUGUUAAUAUGAAGUCAUUCUUGCAUGAAAAAGGACUACCGUAUUGUAGAACUGGUGCCAAAUUUGUUGUGUCAGAAAAAGGUGAAGUAUUCCCGCCAGUAACAUCAUGCCACUAAACUGUUCAACAAUAGUCACACAUGCAGAACAUUUCAGUUUGUAUGUUGGGAGAAGAUGCACAUAUCAUGUCCACUAACAGCGUUACAAAGAAGUGUCCUUAAGGAUGAAACUGUCACCUGUGUUUGAGAUCUGCUGCAGUUUCUACUGCGUUUGUUGACCUGACAGAACAGCUUACCGGGGUAUAUCAGUUAUCUUUCAUGAAUCAUGACAUUCCCAAAAGCUCUGUCAAGAAGCUGUUUCUACAAUUCUGACCACACAGUGUAUUAGAUGGAAGCAUACACAUGGAUGGAAUAGUCUGUGGUCGUGAGCUGAUGCGCUGAUUAAAAAAGUAAUACAAUAAAGAGUUGUUAACUGUAAUGCACAGUAUUGUUGAAGUAUGCAAGGCAUUUGUCACUGCAUUUAUCUUAAUCUAGUCUUGUGAUUUAGAAACCUGUGAUUGCAGGACAUACUAAUUAACGUCUGCCAUUUAUGUGAAUAAAUAGCUCUACUCUAUUGAAUUUA